GCUCAAGCCUAUAUCCAACGUUCUACUGUUUGCUUCCGCAUCGGUACAUCAGGCCUUUCAUCAAUGGCUACUGGUCUUGCCAAGACCAGCACCUACCUGGCGAUCUUCAUCACAGCCCUCACCAGCGUGCUGUGGAUCUCGCUGAUCAUGCAAGAGAAAGGAUGGGCUGCCAAGGUCACUGCCUACUACACAGUGGAGACCGGCGCCUGGCAGGUGAGCGUUUCGCAGGGUGUGGUGGCAAAGAUGAUUCUCCCUGCCAAGUUGACACAGUUUCUCUCCUUCAUGAAGCCAGCAGUGCGCAACACCGAAGACUUUGCGGAGUGGCUUUGCGGCAUCGCCCACUACAUGGUCCUUGUAAGUGACAUUUGCUGGGUUGGCAAGGACUUGCACUUCGCCUCCAUGGGCCUCAUCGCCUGCGUCUUCUUUGGUACUUUCAUGAACUGGUGUGGCGCUGCGAUGCUGGCAAUGUGGGCCUUCAUGAAGCCCAGGGAGUCGGUGAGGCUGUGGGCGAGGAUCAUUUACUUUCUGACGUUUGCCAUCUACACUGGUGGCCUGUGCCAGUACAUCGCAGUGGCAUCGAGGCUUAGGGACUUGCCCCCGGAGAGCGACCAGGUGACGUUUGGCCCGAACUGUAUUGCGGCAUCGGCGCUUUGCAUCAUCCAGCUGAUCCCGCUCUUCCUGGUUUUAGUCUUUGUUGGCCGCACACUGGAGGAAGCCAAGAAUGAGCACAGCAGCUACCAGAAGAAGCAAGCGCGGGAGGAGACGCGCCUUCAAAAUCAAAUGUAUUUCGCGGAGGCGAGCUACGGUGAUGCUGGUGCGAACUACGGUGCUGCUGGCACAGCAGAGCCGGGCUAUGCAAACUGGGGCCAGGAUGCCGCAUACGGGCAGCCUGCUGCCGCAUACGGGCAGCCUGCUGCCGCAUACGGGCAGACUGAUGCCGCAUACGGGCAGAGACAUACGGGCAUGCUGCAGCAUACGGGCAGACUGAUGCCGCAUACGGGCAGCCUGCUGCAGCAUACGGGCAGACUGCUGCAGCAUACGGGCAGACUGAUGCCGCAUACGGGCAGCCUGCUGCAGCAUACGGGCAGACUGCUGCAGCAUACGGGCAGACUGAUGCCGCAUACGGGCAGCCUGCUGCAGCAUACGGGCAGACUGCUGCAGCAUACGGGCAGACUGAUGCCGCAUACGGGCAGCCUGCUGCAGCAGACGGGCGGAUUGGAUAAGUGAAUCGCGUGACAUGGACCUGA